AGGAAGAGUGUGGACAAAUUGAGGGGAAAAAAUAUUAGGCUAGGAUGAUGAGAAGCGCGGAGCUAGAGGAGGCCACAUGUUUUGGUUUAAUUACUGACUACUAGUACCGUACUUAUGUGAAGUUGGACGAACUUUCAAGUGGUAUACGAGAUGUAGCCAAAUCUGGCCAUCCGAUGAUACUAGUGAUAGAUCACCAAGCAAAAUAUAUGCACGGUUCAGAUGCGCAUGCGUGCAUCCAUUAAGAUAAGAAGUGCAGCUGUGCCUAGUGUAGCGGAUUCUGUCACUGCAAUUGAAGUAAGAUUUCUGGUCGUGAUUCUACAAGCUUGCUCAGACAUGAACAACAAGACAACUCUAAACAGUCCUUGUUCCUUGGAGCAGUAUCUCCUUCUAGCCAAGACAGCCAAGGGAGCAGCCAUGGUGGCCCUUAUCAAGCAGUGUGUUGAGGCCCCAGGGGUCUAUGUCUUCGGAGAACUCCUAGAGAUGCCAAACGUUACUGAGCUCGCCAAUGGACCUAAUGUGAAUUAUGUAGAACUGUUAAACCUUUUUGCCUUUGGAACUUACAGUGAUUAUUUAGCUAAUGUUAAUAAAUUCCCAGAAUUGACAGUCCCAAUGGUUUGCAAGUUAAGGUAUCUGACAAUUGUGUCAUUAGCUGCCAAGGUAAAGAGGAUACCUUAUUCUGUACUACUCCAAGAGCUUGACAUGAAGAACCUCAGGGAGUUAGAGGAUCUGAUAAUCGAGACAAUAUACUCAGAGAUCAUACAGGGCAAACUGGAUCAGAAAAAUCAACUCUUAGAAGUCGAGUGUACUAUCGGACGAGACAUCAGACAAGAAGCCAUUGCUGACAUUGUAACUGUUUUACAAGAAUGGUGUGAUGGUUGUGAUACAAUGCUGAACAACGUUGAAGAACAGAUCCAUAGAGCAAACAAACAUAAAGAAAACUGCUUCAAAGUGAAGUCACAGAUAGAAACAGAGGUGGUGAACAUCAAGAAAGCCAUCAAAGCAUCGUCGGUGGUCCAGGAAGGGGAUGAAGCAGACAUGGGCGUGGAUACCAGAGAGAUGGAGGCUCAAUCUAUGAAACCUUCCAAGAAACCAUCCAAGAUGAAGAACUUGAGAGGGAGCGGCAAAUUCUGGACAAAGUCAAACUGAAGAACUGCCCGGAAUUUGGGAGCAUGCUGUCAUCACCAUGGUAACAGCAAUCAUCUUCCAGAAAAAGACUUUUUUGAGAGACAUUGAUCUCAGAGACUUGACUUUCCAUGCUUAUUGUGCUGGAGGAGAUGUAUAUACUAAAGGAUAUUCACUCUGUGAAGUUAAUAUGGGUGUGACCCAAGAUCGUUGUAUCAUGGAUACAGUGUAGCUGGUCAUCAUGGAAACUCCUUAGCAAGGAUUGGAGUCCGUUUGGACUUCUACUGACUCCAUAAUGGGGGAUCAUCUCUUCACACUACACAUGUUUGAUAAUCUACCAAUAUUGACUGCUUUUAGGGGCAUGGUAAAAAUUAUUUACUUCGAGGCGGUUUCGGUGCUAUGCCCCGAGAGAAUGUCACCGAUGGCAAAUGUGUUAACUAUGAUCUCCCCCAAAAUAGCAGUCAUUAGUUGUGUUGUAUGUCCUGGCCCCCUUUAAUUAAGAAUUAAUGCUAUUUUAUGGCACUGAAAGUAGAAUUUGUUUGAAUAAUUCCCUCUUUUUUUUCAAAAUGGUAAUGAUUGAACAAUGAGCAAGUCUAGCUGUACACAUGCAAGAUGAAUGCAUGCCCAUAUAUCUUGUUGCGGGCCACUAGCUAACUUGCUUGCUUGACUGUUACUAAUAUCUACAUGCAGCUGUUGUCUUUAUAGUAUUCAUUACAUUUAUUGUGGAUGCAGGUACAACUAGGCCUGUAUACCCAGUCAAUAGUUUUCAUAAUAUCCUACAUAGAUUAAAUCCUGUAUAGUGAUUGGUUCAAAUACCAUCAUGUUAAUACCAAACAUAUUCUAGCUAUGCUGUUGACACAAAAUGCCCACUGAAGGAUAUUUGCUAUUUCGUGUUGUAAAUGAUUGAAUAGUGCACUAUUCCAUCAUUGACGUCGCAGAUCAUGCAUCCUCUCAAACACAUUGAUCAGCGAAGUGUCUCUACCGGGCAAGUCCCAUGAAGGAACAGCUGAGGCAAUAAUCAGGUCCCAUUGGGCACAGUGGCUUCAGGAAAAAACAGGUCAGCCAGCGCAAGCAACACAACCGCAGUGCAUUACCGGUAUCUAUAUUUUGGUUCAGAUUAGUGAUGAACUACGAGGACUAGAUAAUCAAGGUCUAUUAUUAUAACUUAUUAAAAUUAGGAUAUAAAACAAAUAAAUCAGGCAUUGAGCAAGUAUAGAUGGUAUUAUUCAUCCUCUGUUGUACUAGCAGCAUUACUGUUUUCCCUCUGGGCUUCCUCCUCUGGAAAAAAAGUAAUUGCCAGUCCAACCUCAAACAAAUAAUUCCCACUGUACUUCCUAGAAGCCUGGUAUAUUUGUAUACUGCAAUUCCCGGUAGUCAGUACUUGUUUCCAUAAUCGCACAAUGGCCAGUCAGAAGCCUAGAGUCUUUAUAUAGCAAUGUUCAGUCUUAUCUGUACAUAAAGAAGCUUUAUGGACAGCUUCCUUUAAUACAUGUUUCAAUAGGAAAUAAGAUUUGUGGUCUUUAUAAUCAGGCAGUUAUUCUUAAGCAGAUUUGACUGCUUAUGAUAAUAAAAAGAUAACUAUUUGCUGUAUACAUGUGUAGGGAAACAGAAAUAUCAAUUUUAUAGUCCCCUCCAUGCACUCACUUGUGAUACAGAAGUUUAAUUCCAUGAGACAAUGAAAGUUUGCAAUUGAUAGCAAAUAUCAGUUACAAAUUUGCACUCGAUUGCAAAUGUGAAGUACAAUUGAUUUUACAAUUACAAACAAACAGAUUGCAAUUAUUCUCUUGACUGAUCAUGUUAAACUGCAGCACAUUUUUUUUUUCUUUUGAAAACAAGAGACCAGCAAUCGGUUACACAUUUGAAAUUAAUUGCAGCACUUACAAUCAAUAUUUGAAUUUACUUUUGACUUGUGACUGAUUUCAUUUUUAUUGUAUCACUCCCCUUCAAUAUUAAGGCUCUGUCACAUCGUUCAGUGCAAGCCUUGCAUGUGACUUGUGGGUAACUUUGCUAUCCACAGGUCACCCGCAGUGACAGUAUCUCGCACGUAUCUUACACACCAGUUGCCCGCAUAAGCGCACUUAAGUCUGAUUUGCAUGCAGAAAAGUUUUAAACAUGCUCAAAACAGGUGAAUUGCAGGCAAUCAACUGCACUCACCCGGAAGUCUUGCACGGAAUGAUGUGACAGGGCCUUUUACAUAUAUACCAGUUUUGGACAAAAUUGCUACAUUUUGGGGUUUGUUUAUUGACUUAUGAUGCAUAGCCCUAUAAAAUCAUGCAAAUACAUGAGAAAAAGAGUGGCAAAUUCUACACAUAUUCUGACAAUUUUUAUUUAGUGAAUUCCUUUAACCCUAAUUCUCCCGGGGGGGGGGGGGGGCCAUAAUGGCCUUCCCCUCGACAAUUUUCGCGAUAUAUGUGCUCCGCAAAAUUGACCUCGCCGCUCACUGACUUUUUACUUUCAAGUCUCCCGCAAAUUUUGAGACCAAAUUUGUGACGCCCGGGUACGCGGCUACGACAUUACGCAACAUUAUGUAAGUGCAUGUCAGACCCAAAAUUGCUCAUAAACGUGAUUUCAUGUACAAAUCCAAUGCAAAUUGUGUAUUUAGCCAAAAUUCAUAAAUGUAUCAUUAUUUCUAAUUAAUUUUGCCUUGUUUAUGAUCAGAAUUAAGUCUGGAACGAUUUCCAUCGAAAAAACAAUAAAAAACAAAAAGUAAAAAAAACAAGGAAAUACAUAAGAAAAUAAAAAAAACAAUAAAAUAUAUAAGAAAUCGGUCUUGGUACCAGAAUUUUUUUUCAUUCACAAUUGUUAGGAUUGCUAUAAAGAAUAUUUUCACCAAAAAAUAGCAUUCUAGGAGCUUUAUUUAGUGAAUCAGAGCAAGAAGUAUGAUUUCAUGAAUAAAUUAGCAUAAUUACAUGUACAUGUAAUUCAUAUAAAAUAAAGAUAUAUGAAUUCUGUGAAAUUUACCAAUGCAACUGCGUAGAUUACGUCAUUCUCUACCAUCAUGCAAAUUUUCGUUGUGAUCGCGCAAUCCGCGGCUGAGAUCUUAAGGGGGGCCAUAAUGCCCCCCCCCCCCCCCCCGGGAAUGACAAGAAUAAAAAUACCCCGGGAGAUUUUGGGUUAAAUGACUAUUCUCUAUUGUAAACCCUGGGGCCUGUUUCAGAAAAAAAUAUUUCAUCAAGCGCAACUAUAAACAUCAAAUGCAACUUGACUUUCAACCAAUGAAAUUCGUGUAUGAGGUACUUGCAAUUAAUUUAUUGAGUUGCAAUUAAAUGCAGCUCUUUCUGCAAAAGUGCCCCUGAUGAGAUUUUAUAUUUCUUUUCUAGCUCGUAGUAGAUUCACUAGCUAAUACUUGCUUCAUCACUUGGGCUGAAAUAUUGCACUUUUCAUCAUUCUAUGAUGGCAACAUCUGGCCUAAAGAACAAUCUAAAAAAAAGAAGAAAAAAAAUCUUAAUUCUGAAUGGAAAAUUUCCUCUUAAUCAUAUAUGUACAAGAAGUAAACUGUGGUAUUUUAGAGUACCUUAUUAAAAAAAUUCCAGUUGUUUCACUGUGAAAAAUAUGAAAAGAUUCCUCUGAUACAUGUAUAAUGUUAAAUAGGAUCUGACUGAAACAGCAAAAUGUGGAAUCUUUAUUGUAACUUGUUAUAGUUAGAACACGAACUUUAAACCUAAAAAAAUUGAAUUAUUUCUUAUUUCAUAUAAUGAAAUACAAACAAAAAAUUGUGAUUUUGUGUCAUCAAACCUCUCUUCUGUAUAUCACUUUUUUUUUUUUUAAUUUAUCUAGAACCCUUUAACGAAAGUCAGGUUAUUUGGGGGAUUUGGGUGAGCUUGAGCCAUGAAUCGGUUAGUGGCCUGCAGAUAAUUUUUCAAAUAAAAACUGGAAAUAAUAAUCAUAAGUAAA